GUCAGUCGUCACCCUCGCGAACGCCCCCCCCGAGAAGAAGAAGAAGCAGCCGAAGAAGAAGCAAAGUAGAUUUCUCUUGCAAUUCGGUCCUCCCCACAAACCCUAGCCUGCGCUCCGCCUCCUCCUCCGCGCAAUCCAACCCCCUUUUCCUCCUCCCGCGACCACCCCGAUCCUCACGCUGGAUCUGCCGCCGCCGUCCGCCGGCUACUACUACUGCCUGCUCUUCGCGGGGGCGGUCGGGCUCAUCGGCGUCGCCGCGCACUAUAUGCUCCCACGGAAGCGGGGCGCCGCCGUCGCCAGUGAGGAGGACCCGCACAAGAAGGCCCGCCCCGCCGGUUCCGCCCAAGACGACAUGGCCAUGGCGGCCAGGCCUGCGGCGGAGAUCGACGAGGACCUCCACAGCCGCCAGCUCGCCGUCUACGGCCGCGAGACCAUGAAGCGCCUCUUCGCCUCCAACGUCCUCCUCUCCGGUCUCCAGGGCCUCGGCGCCGAGAUCGCGAAGAACCUUGUCCUUGCGGGCGUCAAGUCUGUGACUCUGCACGACGAAGGCGACGUGGAGCUGUGGGACCUGUCGAGCAACUUCUUCCUCUCGGAGAAGGAUGUCGGCCACAACCGUGCGCAAGCCUGUGUUCAGAAGCUGCAAGAGCUCAACAAUGCGGUUAUCAUCUCUACUUUAAGCGGUGAUUUGACCAAGGAACAGCUUUCUAAUUUCCAGGCUGUUGUCUUUACUGAUAUUACCUUAGAAAAGGCAGUAGAAUUUGAUGAUUACUGCCACAGCCAUCAGCCACCUAUUGCUUUCAUCAAGUCUGAAGUCCGUGGUCUUUUUGGAAGUGUCUUUUGUGAUUUUGGUCCUGAGUUCACUGUUUUGGAUGUCGACGGAGAGGAACCACAUACAGGAAUUGUGGCGUCGAUCAGUAAUGACAACCCUGCACUUGUCUCCUGUGUUGAUGAUGAGCGGCUGGAGUUCCAGGAUGGUGAUUUAGUUGUGUUCUCUGAAGUACACGGAAUGACUGAGCUGAACGAUGGAAAACCAAGAAAGAUUAAGAAUGCAAGACCUUACUCAUUUACUCUGGAAGAAGAUACAUCCUCAUUUGGCUCAUACGCCAGAGGUGGUAUUGUCACACAGGUCAAGCCACCAAAGGUUCUUAAAUUCAAACCCUUGAAAGCAGCUAUAGAAGAACCAGGGGAAUUUCUCAUGAGUGAUUUCUCCAAGUUUGACCGCCCACCUCUUUUGCAUUUGGCUUUCCAAGCUUUGGAUAAGUUUAGGAGUGAAUUGAGGAGAUUCCCUAUUGCUGGGUCUACUGAUGAUGUGCAAAGGCUGAUAGAUUUUGCUGUUAGUAUUAAUGAAACUCUUGGGGAUGGAAAACUCGAAGCAAUUGACAAAAAGCUUCUGCACCAUUUUGCAAGUGGUUCCAGGGCUGUUCUGAACCCUAUGGCUGCAAUGUUUGGUGGUAUUGUAGGUCAGGAGGUUGUGAAAGCAUGCUCCGGGAAAUUCCAUCCACUUUAUCAGUUCUUCUAUUUUGAUUCUGUUGAGUCUCUCCCUGUUGAGCCCUUGGAGCCUGCUGAUCUUAAGCCACAGAACACCAGAUAUGAUGCACAAAUCAGUGUGUUUGGAGCUAAGCUUCAAAACAAACUGGAACAGGCAAAAAUCUUUAUGGUCGGCUCUGGGGCACUCGGAUGUGAAUUCUUGAAGAAUCUGGCACUAAUGGGCAUUUCUUGUGAUCAGACUGGGAAUCUGACUGUGACAGAUGAUGAUGUUAUUGAAAAGAGCAAUCUCAGUCGCCAAUUUCUUUUCCGUGACUGGAACAUUGGGCAACCCAAGUCGACAGUUGCUGCUACUGCUGCUAUGGCAAUUAAUUCUAAGCUUCAUGUCGAAGCCCUUCAGAACAGAGCAAGUCCUGAGACUGAAAAUGUGUUUAAUGAUGCCUUUUGGGAAAACCUUGAUGCUGUUGUCAACGCCCUUGACAAUGUAACUGCACGAAUGUAUAUAGACUCCAGAUGUGUAUAUUUCCAGAAGCCACUUUUGGAGUCUGGAACUCUUGGUGCUAAAUGCAAUACGCAGAUGGUCAUACCUCACCUGACAGAGAACUAUGGAGCGUCAAGAGAUCCACCUGAAAAGCAGGCGCCUAUGUGCACUGUACAUUCGUUUCCUCAUAACAUUGAUCACUGCCUGACCUGGGCCAGGUCUGAAUUUGAGGGUUUACUUGAGAAGACUCCCACUGAAGUAAAUGGUUUCCUGUCAAAUCCUAGUGCAUAUGUAGCUGCAGCAAGAACUGCUGGUGAUGCACAGGCUAGAGAUCAGCUCGAGCGUGUUAUUGAGUGCCUCCAUAAUGACAAGUGCGAGACGUUCCAAGACUGUAUUACCUGGGCCCGGCUUAAGUUUGAGGACUAUUUCUCCAACCGUGUGAAGCAGCUGACAUUUACAUUCCCAGAAGACGCAAUGACCAGCUCUGGUGCUCCUUUCUGGUCUGCACCAAAGCGGUUCCCACGACCUCUGAAGUUCUCGUCCUCCGAUCCUAGUCAGCUUAACUUUAUUUUGGCUGCUUCCAUAUUAAGGGCAGAGACAUUUGGAAUACCCAUACCUGACUGGGCUAAAACCCCAAACAAAGUUGCUGCUGAAGCUGUCGACAAGGUGAUUGUUCCUGAAUUCCAACCAAAACAGGGGGUCAAGAUAGUUACAGAUGAGAAGGCUACUAGUAUAUCAUCUGCAUCUGUUGAUGAUGCUGCUGUCAUUGAAGAGCUUAUUGCGAAGCUAGAAGAAAUUUCUAAAACACUGCCACCAGGGUUUCAUAUGAACCCAAUACAGUUUGAGAAGGACGAUGACACCAAUUUUCAUAUGGACGUGAUAGCUGGAUUUGCUAACAUGAGGGCAAGGAAUUACAGCAUUCCUGAAGUGGACAAGCUGAAGGCCAAGUUUAUAGCCGGCAGGAUCAUCCCUGCCAUUGCCACCUCAACUGCGAUGGCCACUGGCUUCGUCUGCCUAGAGCUUUACAAGGUCCUCGCGGGCGGGCACAAGGUUGAAGACUACCGGAACACGUUUGCAAACCUCGCCAUCCCCCUGUUCUCCAUCGCGGAGCCAGUCCCACCCAAGACCAUCAAGCACCAAGACCUGUCGUGGACGGUCUGGGACCGGUGGACCGUAACCGGCAACAUCACGCUUCGAGAGCUCCUUGAGUGGCUCAAGCAGAAGGGUUUGAACGCGUACAGCAUAUCGUGCGGCACCUCGCUGCUAUACAACUCCAUGUUCCCCAGGCACAAGGAGCGGCUGGACAGGAAGGUGGUGGACGUCGCCAGGGAGGUGGCCAAGAUGGAGGUGCCCUCGUACCGGCGCCAUCUCGACGUUGUGGUGGCCUGCGAGGACGAUGACGACAACGACGUCGACAUCCCACUCGUGUCGGUCUACUUCCGCUGAAGCCCUCCUCCCUUUUCAGUGUUGGCAUGAAUCUUUCUAUAUGAGCUCCAUUAGUGAGAUCAGGAAACUGAUUGUUUUCCUUUGUACAAUCAUCUGGAUAGAACUCAGUUCAGGUCUCCGGGAGAUUUGUUAUUAGACUUUGAUAUCAUACCCCUUCUAUAAUUGAUGAUGCAUUGGAAUGA